UUAUGUUUACAAAAUAUUCAUUAACUAAUAAAAGUUAAAUCAAACUUUGAUAAAAUUUUUGAAAUUAAUCUUAUUCUAAAGAAAUAGUCCAGUGUCUUACUUGAUAAAACGAAUUAUUAAGAAUUUGUAUGCUUCAUAAUGUUUAGAAAUAUGCUAUAUGUCAAAAAAAUGCUUCAUUCGAGACAAGUUAGUCGGAUCUUUUCCAAUAAAUAUACGCAAUUUUUUGUACCAUCUAAAAUGAUAACUAAGUUUUUUCAAGACAAAAUUAAAAUAAAUGGACCAAUAACAGUAGCUGACUAUAUGCGUGAAUCUUUAAAGACGUAUUACAAUGAUGGAAAUGCAUUUGGAUUCAGUGGAGAUUUCAUAACAUCACCUGAGAUAAGUCAAUUAUAUGGAGAAAUGGUUAUGUUGUGGUUUAUUAAUAUGUGGGAAAUGGCUGGAAGACCAACACCAGUUAACUUGAUUGAACUUGGACCAGGAACAGGUGUCAUGAUGACUGAUAUGUUGAGGCUAUUAAAUCAAACUCAUUACAAGAAUUUGAUAGACUUAACUAUUCAUAUGGUCGAAAUAAGCAACAAAUACAGCUUAAAACAAGCGAAAAAGCUAAGUUGUUCACACUUAGAAACAAAUAUGAGUCAUAAAUAUUUUCAGUAUGGCAAAACAUCAAAUGUGUAUGGGUCAAAAGACAUUUUUUGGUAUUAUAAUUUAGAUGAUGUACCAAAAAAUACAUUUAGUUUCAUAGUCGCUCAAGAAUUUUUUGAUGCUUUACCAGUUCAUAAAUUUAGAAAAUGCAAAAAUAAAUGGCGGGAAAUAUUAAUUGACAUUAAAAAUAUUUCAAGUGGGACAUUUCAAUAUGUUUUAUGUCAAACUCCUACAGCAGCAUCAAACUUAUUAACUACUAUAGACUUCUAUAAUCAGUCAAAAUUCUCUGAGGGAUCUGAUAUUGAAGUAGGAUUUGAAAGUUCUAUUAUAUUAGAUAAGUUGUGUAAACGUUUAGUCACAGAUGGUGGAAUAUUUUUAUGUAUUGAUUAUGGAAAAAGUGAACCAAUUGUUGAUUCUCUCAGAGCUUUUAGUGGUCAUCAACAAGUCAAUCCACUACAGAACCCAGGAAUAGUAGAUUUAACAGUUGACAUUGAUUUUGAAAGAUUUAAAAAUAUAGCUGGAGAAGAUAUUCUUACCUUUGGGCCAAUUAUUCAAAAUAAUUUUUUACAAAAUUUACAUAUUGAAUUAAGAUAUAAAAAGCUCUUGUCUACAGCCAAAAGCGAAAGAGAAACUUCCUCACUUAUAUUUGGUUACAACCAACUUAUGAAAAUGGGAAACUUGUUCAAUGUUAUAGGAAUGGUUCCAUCAACUCUUGGUCCAUAUUUAAAUCAUUCAAUUUAUGGUUUUCAAUAAAAGAUAUUAAUAAAUUAAUAGUAAUAAAAAAAUAAAUUAUUUGAUA